UCUCUUAUAGGUUAUAUUUGUGUUGUUUUGCAAUAACUGAUAACAGGUAUCACCCACAAUUUGAUAUUUAAAGGAAUAAGGACAUAUAUACUGCCAGAAAAAUGGUCUUCAGGGCGCUCGUCUCAAGAUCAGGUUCCCUCCGCUUCAAAAUGUUUAAUAAUUUGCAUACCGGUCAAAUCAUCAUAUUCAAUGAUUUAAGCUCACAAAGCUCUUCCAAAGGUUCAGCAUCCAGUAAAUCUACAAAAUCGGGAGCAAAAUCAGGAGCAAAAUCAACUACCCCAGCAUCUCCUAGUGGUGACGUCCCUGGACUCAGCUCUCAAUGUCUCUCUGUACCAGCAACUGAGGUCGGUCCUGGUGCUUCCAAGCAAGGGGAUUAUAAAAACCCUGAGUAUUUUUGCUACAAUGACGCCUCCUUUUUUGAAGCUGAAGUUGAGAUGAGCAAAUUUCGUUGUCCCCAGCCAUCCGCCAAAAGCAUCUCUCCACAAUAGUCUCGAAGCUCACCUAGGAUUUUUAAUUGAACAGAAAUCAUUGAAAAUGGGGUUUUUUCGUAUAUUCUAUCGAAAGGGACCUCUGAAUAGGCUAGAUUCACUUUCUCUGCCGUGUAAUUUAUUUCAGGAUUUUAACUUAUUUUCACGGAAGCCUUGCUCCGGGCCGAAUUCAAUUUUUUGCGUUUAACCCUCUGUCCACGAUUGUCUUAACCUGAUUUGUUUCCGGCAGUGAUUUGGCUACUGAAAUGCCAUUCCUAGUCCUCAAAGAUUAUAGAAAAAUGGUCGUGUGCUGCAUUUAACCAUUUUCUAUUGGGCUAUAUCGAGACAUUCAGGCUUUGCGAGCCUCAUCAAAGUUUACACUAAUCGGGAUGUGUUAUCAGAUUUUUCCGAUCACACUACUUUCGCACGAAAGAAGCGUACGCAAAAGUACGGUGGUUACAAAAUGAGCUGGGGAACAAUAAAGUUCAGUCAACUCCUGUUCAAAUAAUUUUCAGUUAAAAUUAACUUUUAGUCGCUCGUGCUCGUAUAACAAAACUGACACAAAAAGUUCGAGAAAUUGUUAAUAUUUGUUAACGGUUACCUUCCGCCCUCAAAAUUACAUUUUAAACUUAGCAGAACAUUUUUGAAUUGUAAAAAACAUGAAUUUGUUUCUAGCCAAUCGUGUUGAUUGUAAAUAAAGUCGUUAAUUAAAUUU